AUGGGCCGGGCUGGGCUGGGCUGGGCUGGACGAGCUGGGCGGGCGGCGCACCCAAAAGGAGGGUUGGAGCUGUCGUCGCGCAGAGACGACGGGCAGAGAGCGGGAGAGUGUGUGUGGAGGGCGGAGACGACGGGGACAGCACAGUGGAUGAGUGGUUGCUGCACCGAGCCGAAGCAGCAGAGAGAAAGAGAGGGGAUGGCGGGAAUGGGAUGGUGGAGGAGCGACGAAUGGAGGAGCAGCAGAUUGCUACUUUCCCGUCCUAGUUUCGUCAAGAUAAGCUCCAGCUGCAGCACCACUACGAGCACUGGAAGGACCAGCACGAGCCCGGCGCAAGCACAGCGCAGGCACCAAGCGGAGGAGGAAGGAGCGCUGGUUGGCGGCGAGCAGUUCCUGGAGCACACACACACGCCUUCCUUGACUUAUUAUCCUUAUUAUUAUGGGGCCCGCGAGGUCUCUGGGCUGCGUUGA